CUUGACACUGCGCACUGCGAGUGUUGCGUCCUUAUCCUCCAGGUCAAUUAUAAGUCGUGAGCAUUAGGCCUCUCGUCUUCUUGUCUUCCACAGCUGUAGAGAGUCCGUCCAUGUUAAUAUCGGACCCAACCCUGACGGGUCAACGGCGGAAGCUGAUCGACCUAAUGAAUCGUUUGCAAGAUGUGGGAGUACAGGACAUGGGAGACCUGAAUAUUCCGCUCAUGGCAGUUAUUGGCUCCCAAAGCUCGGGCAAAUCGUCCUUGAUUGAGGCGAUCUCGGGUAUAAAGCUUCCACGCGGGGCCGGUACUUGCACAAGGUGUCCCACGGAGUGCCGUCUGAGCUUUAGCGAUCAACCAUGGAGAUGCACGGUAACGUUGCGUUUCAUAUCCGGAUCAGAUGGGAGGGAUUUGGGACAACCCCAUCAUGAACUAUUCGGCGAGACGAUUUUCGACCCGAGCUUGGUUGAAGAUCGUGUCCGUAGGGCGCAAAACGCCAUAUUAAACCCGUCCAAAAUUUCUCAGGAUUUCCUGCAUGGGUCUAUUGCUCAUGAUCAUGGCCCCGAACUUACCUUUUCGAGAGGCGUCGUUUCUCUCUCAAUCACGGGCCCAAAAUUGACAGAUCUCUCCUUUGUCGACCUUCCUGGUCUGAUACAAAACGUGGGGUCUCGAGGAAGACAGUCAGACAUCUCUCUCAUCACGGAGCUCGUCAAGGGGUACAUCAGCAAGCCUACUUGCAUCAUCAUACUGACCAUGAACUGCGAAGUUGAUUUUGCUACACAAGGGGCACAUGACUUGGCCCGAAAGUACGAUCCUCAGGGCAACAGAACUAUUGGUGUCUUGACAAAACCCGAUCGAAUUGCCCCAAGAAGCGAGGACUUAUGGACGCGGUACAUUCGUAACGAAGAAGAGCCGCUGAAGCACAAUUGGUAUUGCGUUAAACAACCCAAUGCCUCCGAAAUGGAACGUGGCAUCACUUGGGAAGAAGCCCGAUCUAACGAGGAACACUUCUUCCAGAAAGUCGAGCCAUGGGAAAGUAUCGAAUCCACUCACCGGCUGUAUCUCACCUCCAAGAACUUGGUCCGCAAAAUGAAUUUAGUCCUUUCAGACUUAGCCAUGAAGCGAACACCCCAACUAAUAGAGGAGGUCGAUCAGCUCAUCCGCGACACCACUGAAGAGAUUCUAUGCUUGCCGAAGGCACGGUCGAACGACGCCGUCAGUGAAAUCCACGACAUGAUUACUCGCUUUGCUCGUGAGGUGGAGGAGCACGUCGAGGGAAUCAAAGAGGAUGCCUAUUUCUUCCAGGUAUUUCGCACGGAGAAAUUGCAUUUCAUGAAAGCGAUUCGUUGUACGGCGCCGGGCUUCCGCCCGUGGAUAGAGCCAAAGUCAAAACCGAAGGCAUCAGCUAAGCCAGAUCCGCGGGAGCCGCCAAAGACUUUGCCCCCGCCUGAUUUUCUGGCGAGUGAAGAAGUCGACUUAUCUCCAAAGCCACUGUCAGACGACGAAGAGCCUCCAGAAUCUGGACUAAGUGCAAAGGCCAUCUUCAUGGAAGAAAUCCAAGACCGCAUAGAGAGGUCUAUCGGUCGCGGGCUACCAGAUAGCAAUCCAACAUCGGUGGUGGACUUCUAUAUAGUUUCGGCUAUCAGGGAAUGGCGCUCUCCAACAAUCUCGCUCGUGGAAAAUACCCACACCACGAUCAAAGAUCAUAUGAGAAAGAUCAUAGAAGAGCAUUUUGGAAAUUUUCGACAAAGCGAUCUAUGUGAUAGCGUGCAACGUGCGGUCGACGAUCAUCUGAAACGCUGCAAGGAGUCCGCACGCUCCCGUGUUCAGUGCCUCCUGGACCUCGAAAAGACGCCUCAUACCGACAACAGGCACUACUUCAGCCAGUACAAAGAGAAAUUUUUUGGGUAUUACCGGCAACUUUGGUCGCAAUAUUCUGGAAAGCAGGUCCUAAAGGAGCUCAAUAUGCAGCCUUACAACCUGCAUAGUAAAGACACUGUGACGCCAGAAGCCAAAGCUGGUGUCGAGCAAACGCUGAAAGGUUUGAGCAGAUUGGGGCUCACCGGCAUCGAACCUGCCGACCUGACGAGAAUUCUCCCUGAGGGCCCUCAGGACCAGUUGUUGGAAGUCAUGGCCAGGGUCCAAGCGUACUUACAAGUUGCGAGCAGACGUUUCGUGGAUUAUGUUCCCAUGACUGUGGAUCAAGAGCUCCUUCGCGGUUUGAGCAAAGGCCUCGUGUCCGCUGUGAAGAAAGAGAUCAAUUUCAACAGGGUUGAUUUCAAGGACUAUUGCGAAGGAUUGUUGCAGGAACCUUCAGACAUCGGUAUUGCUCGAAGGAAGCUGCAGGAAAAGCUUGAUCGCCUGCGUCUAGCCAAGACAGAACUGGCCCACUUCUCGGGCGGGAGGAUGUCUUCAAUGUAGCUUGAACUGUGUUCGGGAGUAUGCACAACUUCUCACAUAGCCAUGCCUGGAUGUCGUACGAGGACAGCUGUUGAAGACAAGUCAUCGUGUUUAUAUGACUAGUGUUACAAUUUGGUAUAUAAUCGAUACUGUCAUG